AGGAGAGGACUGAGUGAGUGAGCUAGCUGAUAACAAUGGAGCUUGUGAUUGUAAUUCUAGUGCUGUGCGGGUCUGUGUUAGGAACUGAGGGCUGGGGAAUCUCAUCAGAGAAGAAGGUCCAGUAUGCCUCCUGGGAUGAAGUGAACGUGAUAGCCCACGGCUUGCUCCAGCUAGGACACGGUCUCAAGGAACAUGUGGACAAGACAAAGAACCAGCUGAAGGAGAUCUCGGGAAAGAUGAACCAGCAAAACGUUUCCUUGAUGGACCUCCUGAAGCAAUCUAAAGAGAUCAGAGAGAGCGGAGAGGUGAUGAAACUCAGGGUCCAGGAGUUAGAAGACAAGGACAAGCAACUCAAUGACUUGUCCCAGGGACUGAGGGAGACGGUGCAGGAGAUCAGCAGCGGGAGACAACAGCUGGACCAGAGGCUGCAGAACAUUGAGGACAAGAUCAAGGUUAUGGAACCUAACCGGAGGCAGAACCGCAGUGAUAAGGAGUACCUCAAUAUCCAGACGUUAAUGGAAACCCAGAACCAGAGGAUAAAUGAGCUAAUGGAUAAGAUUAAAUUGCAACAAGUAAAACUAGACAAACAGAACCAACAAAUUAAAAACUUACAAACCAAGAUCCAGAGUGACAAAAUUGAGACUUACAAAUCAAAACUUAAUCUAGAUGAUGUUUCAACUGAAUUACAGAGUAACAGCAGUGCAGAGACUGAUACAGAAAGUCUACCUUCUGAUUGUCAUCACAUCUUCCUGCAAGGCGAAAGGUCCAGUGGAAUCUUCACAAUUCAGCCACUGAAGGCACAGCCUUUUGAAGUCUUUUGUGAAAUGACUGCUGAUGGAGGAUGGACGGUUAUACAGAGGCGCAAGGAUGGUUCGGUUGAUUUUGAUCAGCUCUGGGAAACUUACAAGAAUGGAUUUGGAACACUUAAUGGUGAGUUCUGGCUUGGACUGGAGAAGAUAUACCAAAUAAGUGAGCAGGGUCAAUAUCUCUUACACAUUGAGCUGGAAGACUGGGAGCAAAAUACAAAAUAUAUGGAAGCCCCAUUUCGUUUGGGAGGUUCUAGCACAGCCUACGCCCUCCAGAUUGUGGGGCAAGUGAACGGAGAACUAGAGAACGCACUCAGUGUUGGUCGACAUCAACCAUUUACCACUCGUGACAGAGAUCAGGAUCUAAAGUCCGACAUCAACUGUGCUAAACAUCUUUCAGGAGGAUGGUGGUUCAGCACAUGUGGUCAUUCCAACCUAAAUGGCAAAUAUUUACACUCUAUUCCUCGGCAACGACACGAACGAAAACAGGGAAUCUUCUGGAAAACUUGGAAGGGCAGAUAUUACCCGCUGAAGUCAACUUCCAUUAAAAUUCGCCCUCUUGGACUUAAGGCUACAGCAUAAAUACUUGAUGGCAGAGCAUUUAAUGCUACAUUAUACCCAGUUCCCACAGAGGCCAGGACCAAAGCUCAUUAGAGGAGCCUUUUGGGACAAGACUCAACAGAGAGGCUACUUACCUGCCACCCACCUUUGUUUUGCUGUAGAAAACUAGUAUGCAGUAACUUUAGCUGAGUUGAGUAGGCUAUAAUUUGGUGGGUUAAAGCUACUAGUUUUAUUUAGGUUCAUUAUUUAGACAAUUUUUUUAUUGUACGUUACAAACUAAUAUUUUGUCUCUAUUUUCAUGCAGUAGUUAGUUCAAAAUGAAUGUCUAAAUGAAGUAGUAUUUUGGACAAAGAAUGGUGGUCUUCUAAGUUGUCCAUAAACUGUUAUUGUACCACAUUUGAGACUCAAGCAAUGCUGAAGAAUGCUUCCCAAGUCUGAAUAUGUGUAAAAAAAAAAAGCCAAAGAGAUUAAUGUGGGAUUAUAGCAUAAUGCGUGGGCAGUGUUAUAAAAAAAAUCAUAUAAAUGCCAUAAAAUGCAUCAUUGGCUCUGGUACGUAGUCAUCCUUAUUUGUACAAAAUGUAUGGAAGAUGACUUGCCUCUCGGUACAUGAUAUGCAGUUUUGUUAAUUGAUAUCUAAAUGUCCUAAAAUGGCCUUGAGAAUACAUAGAGAGAGAUUGUAGGACAAGUGUAGCCCUUUCCUUAUGGAGUGUUAAUUGCUCUACAUCAUUAAAAACAUACAUAAUCAAGAUAAUGAAACAUCAGUUGUUAACAAUAUGUUUUUAAUUAAAAUAAUUAAUUGUUAAACGUUUACCACAGUUGCCAACUGUGUCUACAUGAGAAGAUGUUGAAUUCUUCAGGAAACAAAGAAAAAGCACACUACUGUACAGAAUUGUUAAUAUGGUCAAAUGUCUGUGGGUCACUGAAAACAAAAUAUUGUUACACUUAAAUCUUGCUGCUACGAUGCAGUUAGAAACAUUCGGUCAUAUUGACUGAUUUAAAAUGGGACCAAAAUUUGAAGAAAAAAAAAUGUAAAUAUUGCUUUUGUAGCAUAACUUUUGUUUGUUUACUAAAUCUGUCACUUAAUGUGUCUGUAUAUUUAAAUAACUGUAAUUUAUCAAUAUUU